GACCCUUUCUCAAUGUAUCCUGAUUUUCUGGCCAAAUUGUACUUGAUGAACUUUCAGACUCAUCUUGAAAAAGUCAAGGUGUCCUGGGUAGUUAGCCACUUUGCACACUGGGCAGUUUCUGGCUGUCAUACAGUGAUUCUGUCCCUAUCUUGUGAUUGGUGGUAA